AUGGCAUGUUCGGAGAUCAUACAACAACAUUCACAAAUAUUUGAACGCAGUCAAAUACCGACGCCCGAGCAACGUUACAAUGCCAUUGUAACAGUUGUAAAUGAUUGUGAUUAUAAUAAUCGACUAAAUCGUUUAUGUUCAUUAAUUGAUUUUCAUAUUCAAGAACAAGAGAUGUUAUCGGGGACAAUACGAACCUUACCAACACCGAAACAAAUACGUGGUUCACAAAUACCAUUAGUUAAUGGACGCUUGCAGGAUGCACAAGAUUUACCACUAUGGACAGCUGCUUUUUUUACACCCAAUCCAAGUCAAAUUCCAAAUGUCGUUCAGGAUUUUUAUAUCGCUUUAAAUAACAAAUUCGACAGAUUGGAUAUUUACAGUCAACGGCGUAACAACCAGCAGAUGGAAUUAGUUGGUAUCCAAGAGGAAAAUAUUGAUCGUUUUUUUCGCCAACAACAAAAACUAAAAUGUAAAUUGGUUUUGUGUGUUAUGGAUACUCCAGCUGAUAGUGAUUUAAAAACAAUAAUCAAGCAGUAUGGAACAAUUAAACAUGAUAUAAUAACACAAUGUUGUUUGUACAGUAAAAUAAUUUCACAAUCUCGACAACGCACACCAUUUAGUCAGUAUAGUGAAAAUAUAGCAAGAGAAAUCAAUUCGAAAUUGGAUGGCGAAAAUGUUCGUAUUGAUUUAGAUCAAAUCAUGAAAGAAAAAGGAAAAUCCCACUAUAUGUUCUUUGGGGCUGAUGUUAUUCAUUCAACAAAUUGUACAGAGCAACAUCCUUCAAUAGCUGUUGUUGUUGGUUCAACAGAUCAAUGGUGUUCGCAUGUAGAAGAAUCAAUCUAUGCACAAUGGCCAGAAUUUGAUAAAUGUUCAAUAGAGACAAUUGUUAACUUAGAAGAAAUAACUAUUGAACGCCUAAAGGCAUAUCAACAGGCUAAUGAUGGCCAAUUGCCCAAUAAAAUCGUUUUUUAUCGAGUGGAUGACGGACAGUUUUCAAAAGUUUAUUCUAAGGAAAUACCACAAAUACGACAAGCAUUUCAGGGAUCUUCAUUAGCUCUUAGUAAGAAUUAUUCUGCCGACAACCGCUUACCACGCUAUGAAGAUCACAUGGUGUAUGGUAAACAGAAAUUUCCAUUAUUAACUUUAAUAAUUGUCAAGAAGAGACAUCAUACCCGUUUUCUGAUGUAUAAUGGUCGUGAUACUUAUAAUGUUCCUAUUGGAACGGUUGUUGAUACGACAAUCGUUGAUCCAUACUUGUAUACAUUUUAUUUAAAUUCCCAUAAAGCUAUACAAGGCGUUAAUAAUUUAUCAUUGUAUACAGUUCUAUUGGAUGAAAUUAAGUUAACAAUAGAUGAACUACAAUUAUUAACAUUACAAUUAUGUUUCACUGAUCAAAGAUCAUCGAAUGUUGAAGGUGUUCCAUCUGUUAUUCAUUAUGCUGAUCAACGGGCUUUAAAAGCAAAAGAUCAGUUUUGUUUUAAUCAAAAGCGUCACGAUUAUCAUGAUGAUAAUGAAAUAUCUAAUGGUAUUAAUGGUUCAACGAUGAGAAAGAAAAAUUCAUCCGAUAAUAAUAUUCGAACAAAAAAAUUAAAUCUGUCAGCGAAAGUUCAUUAA